AUGUACUGAGCAAGCGGCUGUAUAGCAAUCACUUAAAACUUUCACCUUCUCACAUGUUCACACACUUCAGCAGACAGAAUGAAGCUCCACACACGCCAUACACUUACAGCGCUGUGCUCAGUGUUGUGUUGGUGUGUGUUUGCUGUUCAGAGGGUCGAGUCUAAUGAUCUCCUCCCAGCUCCAACUCUUUCAUUUGACUCCAAUGUGAACCAGAGCUCAAUCACACUGUACUCAAACAUCAUAGUUUUGUGCACAAUUCCUACCAAUGCGAGAAUGCCUAUAGAGAUUCAUCUCUCUAAAGCUGACACAGCAAACACAUCAACUCCCUUUAUGUCCAAAAAACAAUACAGUCUAAAAGAGGUGACAUUCUUGCUCAAAGUGACGCUUGACCUUGAGGGGUCUUUCGUUUGCUGGUACAGUGGCAUCUCGUCCAAACUUCAGUCUCAGUUCAGUGAGCGCCUCAACAUCAUCAUCUCUGGUCUGUCUGACCCCAUAAUGUUGCUUUAUCCCCCUGCAUUUCCUGUGGGGGCGAAGUACAUUGCUCAGUGUGAGACACCAGCGAUAGGCUACGAAAACACCACACUGAAACUGUACGACCGUCUCCUCCCGAUCCGCCUCGGCAAGGACAACUUUGACUACGUCGGAUCACGAGUUCUCCCCCCAGGAGACUGGGGAGCCGCAUUACAUAGAACAAAUGCCGGAGAAACAUACGAGUAUAUCUGUGAAAUGGAAGUGUUCCUCAACGGGAGAACCUUGCGCUCCAGAUCCAAAAUCCUCACAGCCAUGCCAGAGGAGCUCCCGGUUCGUCUGAUUCCCAAAGAUUCAGGUUCGGGGAGCUGUUAUGGAUAUGCAUUUCUCAAAGUGAGAGCUGACUGGAGACCUUUAUGUUUUGACUCCACGUUCUACGGCACUGUCAAUGUGGCAAAUGUCAUCUGCAGAGAGCUAGGCUGUGGAUAUGCGAUAGACCACGAGAGGAUUAGUUAUAAAUUUCCAGACGCUAUAGGAACACCGAACUGCACAGGAAAUGAGAAGAAGGUUGCAGAGUGUCCUCUAGUUUUAAAUUACUGUAAGCAAGGAACACUCAACGUCAUCUGCUCAGCGACUCUUCAUACUCCGAAGCUCUCUGUGUCAGAACACGCUGCUGCUUCACGGGUCUACAUCAGGACCGGAGAAUCUGUAACUCUCAUAUGCAUUUUUGAGUCAACUAUAAAUGAGCAUGCUUACAUCACCUUCACACGCAACGGAAAUGAGAUUUACACUACUAGCACCCGACCCGGAUACGCACAGAUAUAUACUAUACAUGACACAGUGCCUGACGGAGAGUACGCCUGCUUCGUGCAUAGACAAAGAUCCAGCACGUACAAGACAGAAAACAGCAACGUGAUAGGCAUCUACAUUUACGAUCCUCCUCCUGCUGGAGCAGUUGCUGCUGGUGUCAUAACCACACUUCUGGGUGUAUUAAUCCUCGUCCUGCUCUGUGUUUAUAGAGGCGGUUCAUCGUAAGUGAAGGUCACUGAACCAAGAUCAACCUGAGUCACCUCAGACUUGCUCAUUGGGGAUAAAUACAAACACAUUUAAAUAUAUCUAAUAUUAAUCUUGAGAUUUUGUAUUAUAUUAAUCUUUAUAUUAUUCUUUAUAUUAACCUUUUGUUCUAUGUUUAUGUUCUGUAAAGCUUUUGGCUAAUUAAGCAUCCUUGGCUAUGCUUUUAAACAAUGUCAAUUGUUAAAAGUGCUAUACAAAUAAAUUUGAAUUCAAUUGAAUCAUCAUGAACCGCAGUACCACGAAUUCACCACACGGGGCGCUGGAGAGCUCAAGCCUGCAAUGUAGAGCACCAUUCCACAAUGCUCAUUAUAUCAUUUAUAAAUCUGUAAAGAAAACUUCAAGACUUUUUUUUUCAAUAACAACCGCUUUUCACAAACGCUGCCCCUGUUUCAGAUAAAUCAUUUAAACCUGAUUCUUUCCCCAUUUAAACCUAACCGCACUAACUCAGUGUCUGUAAGAACAAAUAUACUCUUAAAAUUGUCCAUUACAGAUUCAGUUCCAAAAUGUUCUUUUUUUUUGGUGUGUUUCCUCAACACAUUCCUCUGGUGAUACAUCUGGAAUAUUUCAAACUUUUAACGGGAAUUAAUUUAAAUGUAAAAAGGUGUUUAAUGUUAUGUUGACUGAUGCAGUGACUCUAAUUCACAAAUUAUAAUCCAAAUCAGUCAUUUUAAAUACUAGCAAUAAUAAUAAUAAUAAUAACGAUGAUUAUUAUUAUUAUUGUUGGUGUUAUGCAUUCAUUCAUCUUCUACCGCUUAUCCGAACUACCUCGGGUCACGGGGAGCCUGUGCCUAUCUCAGGCGUCAUCGGGCAUCAAGGCAGGAUACACCCUGGACGGAGUGCCAACCCAUCGCAGGGCACACACACACACACACUCUCAUUCACUCACGCAAUCACACACUAGGGACAAUUUUCCAGAGAUGCCAAGUAACCUACCAUGCAUGUCUUUGGACUGGGGGAGGAAACCGGAGUACCCAGAGGAAACCCCCGAGGCACAGGGAGAACACGCAAACUCCACACACACAAGGUGGAGGCGGGAAUCGAACCCCGACCCUGGAGGUGUGAGGCGAACAUGCUAACCACUAAGCCACCGUGCCCCCAUUGUUGGUGUUAUUGUUUUAUUAACCUUCUUCUUCUUCUUCUUAUUAUUAUUAUUAUUAGUGUUGUUAUUGUUUAUUAUUAUUAUUAUUAUUAUUAUUAUUAUUAUUAUUAUUAUUAUAAAAUAUCAAAUGUAUAAUGUUGUUAAUAUCAUUACCAGUCCAGUACCAUUAAAUUCUAGCUGAUAGAUUUUAACCUUUUUAUUAUAAUUAAAUGAAUUUCCUGAUUAAAGCCAUCAUAAGAGUUUCUUUUAUUUUUUAUUUUAUUAAUUUUUUAUUCUUUUUUAAUUUGAAAUAAAGAGUCUUUGUGGAUACUCUUGAAUAUGUGAAAUUGUGAAAUGAUGAAUACAUGAUUGGACUUGGAUUGUAAAGUUUUAAUCUGCUUUAAAGCAUUUAAUAAAAUGUUUUUUUAAGAUUUAUUUUUAGCUAUUAUAAGGUUUUAUUUGUACUUUUUUUAAUCUCUUUAAAUUGAGGGAAAAAGAUUACGGUACAUUUUUGCUUGUCAUUUUCUUGUCUGUGUUUUUAAAGCUAGCAUGUAGUGCACUGAUGGAUGGAAUGAGAAACACACACAGUAAUUAUAGUUCUCAGAUUUAUUGCUUUCAGGUUUUGAUGGUGUCACAACGUCAUCUAACAAACAAUAAAACUGGUCCUAUCGUC